GUGAUGCAGGCCCAGGGGGAUGUGGUGAUUGGAGGGCUGUUCCCCAUCCACUACCUGGCCCCAGAGUGGGAGCACAGUUACGGGAGUCAGCCGCUGAGAGCCGCCUGCUACGGGUUCGACUACCGGGCAUUCCGCUGGCUGAUGACCAUGGUGUUCGCGGUUGAGGAGGUGAACCGUGACGCCACGCUGCUGCCGGGCGUGAAGCUCGGCUACAGGAUCCUGGACAGCUGCGACGACGUCCGCACCAGCCUGCUCGGAGCGCUCGCUCUGGUCUCCUCACAGGGAGCGGAGGGUGUGGACGAGGGUGUGGAGGAGGGUGUGGAGGGGCCACGGUGCCUGGCUGGAGCCCCUGUCCCUGCCGUGAUUGGCCUGGCCUCCUCCUCUCCUACUGGAGCCUUGGCUCACACCCUGGGCCCCUUCAACAUCCCUCUGGUGAGUUACUUUGCCACCUGUACCUGUCUGACGGACAAGCGUGUCUACCCCUCCUUCCUGCGCACCGUGCCCAGCGACCUGUUCCAGGUGCGGGGGCUGGUCCAGCUGGUCACACACUUCGGCUGGAGCUGGGUGGGCACUGUGGGCACCGAGGAUGACUACAGCCGUUACGGCAUCCAGGCGUUCUCCAAGCAGCUGGAGGAGCAGGGAGGCUGCCCUGCGUUCCACCUCUCCCUCCCCAGUUCCCCCUCCCCGGCCCAGGUGGGGGCCCUGGCCGACGCCCUGGUGAGCUCCACGGCCAGAGUGGUGGUGGUGUUCGCCACCGAGGGACAGCUGCUGGGGCUCCUCUCUGAGCUGGCGAGUAGGAACGUGACGGGGAUCCAAUGGGUGGCCAGCGAGGCCUGGGUCACGGCCUCUGUCUUGUCCUCCGCUCCCUUCCACUCCCUCCUGGAGGGGACACUGGGCUUCUCCUUCCCCGGGGUCCACAUCCCCGGCCUGAGGGACUUCCUGGUCCGGGUCCGCCCCUCGGCUGCCCCGGGGUCAGAGUUCACCAACAUGCUGUGGGAGGAGCUGUUUGGAUGCAGGCUGCCGUUCGGAGUCUCGGCCUCUCUUAGAGACGUGGGGGCAUGCACCGGUCUGGAAGACGUGAUGGACACCAACACCAGUUAUACGGACGUGUCCCAAGUGAGGGUGUCCUAUAACGUGUACAAGGCGGUGUACGCUAUCGCCCACGCCCUGCAUGACAUGUUGCAGUGUGGAUCCCCAGGCCAAGGCCCAGGAAGCUGUAACCUCACCAGCACAGCCUUCACACCCACACAGCUGCUACACCACCUCAAGCGGGUACAUUUCACCAACCAGUUUGGCGAGAAGGUGCAAUUUGAUAGUAAUGGAGAACCUGUUCCUCUUUAUGACAUCAUCAGCUGGCAGAAGGACGGGGGUGGAGGCAUCAGGUUUCGGAAGGUAGGCUCAUACGAUGGCUCCGCCCCUGAGAGACAGCAGCUGCUGCUGAAGGAGAGCGCCAUCGUGUGGUCAGGAGGCCAAAACAAGGUGCCUGAGUCUGUGUGCACCUCUGCCUGCCCCCCGGGUACCCGACAGGCCACACAACCAGGAAGACCCCGCUGCUGCUUCGACUGCCUGCCCUGCCCUGACGGGCAGAUCAGCAACCAGACUGGUUCCACAGAGUGCAUCCAGUGUCCUGAGUACCACUGGUCAGACAGAGACAGGAAGUCGUGCGUGGCCGGAGUGGACGACUUCCUGUCCUUCUCCAACACCAUGGGCGCCAUCCUCGUCGCCCUCACCCUCCUGGGCAUCGCCACGACAACCGCCAUCACCGCCGUGUUCCACCGUCACCGGGCCACGCCCAUCGUCCGGGCCAACAACUCAGAGCUGAGCUUCCUGCUUCUGUUGUCACUCAAGCUCUGCUUCUUGUGCUCGCUGGUGUUCAUUGGCCGGCCCUCGGAGUGGGCGUGUCGGUUCCGUCAGGCUGGGUUUGGGAUCAGCUUUGUCCUCUGUCUCUCCUGCCUGCUGGUCAAGACCAUCGUGGUCCUGCUGGCCUUCCGGGCCACGGCACCUGGGUCCAAGGCGCUGAAGCUGUUCGGUCCCACCCAGCAGAGGGCGGUCAUCUUUGGCACCACGGUUCCGCAGGUGUGUCUCUGUGCUGGCUGGCUGGCCUUGGCUCCACCCCAUCCCUUCAGGAACCCCUUCUACCUGGGAGCCACAGGGAAGGUGGUGGUGGAGUGCAAGGAGUCUUGGCCCCCAGGAUUCUACCUGGUCCUGGGGUACAUCGGCCUGCUGGCCUCCCUCUGCCUCCUCCUGGCCUUCCUGGCCAGGAAACUCCCAGACAACUUCAACGAGGCCAAGCUCAUCACCUUCAGCAUGCUGAUCUUCUGCGCCGUGUGGGUGUCGUUCAUCCCAGCUCACGUCAGCUCUCCGGGGAAGUUCACGGUUGCCGUGGAGAUCUUUGCUAUCCUGGCGUCCAGCUUCGGACUCCUGCUGUGUAUCUUUGUGCCUAAGUGUUACAUCAUCCUGCUGAGGCCUGAGAGGAACACCAAGAAGGCCAUGACAGGCAAACCAGGGAGAUGA